UUCCACCUUGUGGCAGUUUUUGACGUUUAGCUGAUUUUUUCCACAAGACUUAAAUUUUGUCUUCUGCCGCUACCACUAUUAAUUCUGAAAAAGUAAUUUUUCUUUAUUUACUGUAGUGCAAAGUACCGUAGCGCAAAUUACAAAAAAUGGCGAGCAUUGCAACAAAAGGAUCCACCUUGGUAAACAAACUGCUGGUACAAGCUAGACCACAACUUGAAACUUUUCUUAAGUACGCAAAAGUGGAGCUAACACCACCCACUCCAGGUGAUAUUCCAGCUAUUCGUCAAGGAAUUGGUCGCCUCGUUAAUGGUGCCCGCACUGGUGCAUACAAAAACCUGACAGUGAAGGAGGCAUGGUUAAACACACUUAUCACUGCCGAGGUUAUCUUUUGGUUUUAUAUUGGUGAAUGUAUUGGCAAACGUCACUUGGUAGGUUAUAAGGUCUAAGGACUUUGUGUGUAGUCAAAAUGUAAACAAAAACAAUACGAUAUAAAUGAAGCGAAACUGGAUAACAUCCAAGAAUAUGUGUUAUAUUUGAAAUAAAGGGUAUCGCAUUCUUUUUGAAAACAA